GCGCAUGUUGCGCAUGCGUGUUUAAAGUCUACGUCAGCUCUUCUCGACUAACUAGCUGCUUAAAACAUACGUGGCUUUCACUCUUCCGACUGUCCUUUCGUCAAACACGACCUCGGAAACAGCCUAAACCAUGGAUCAGGUAAUGCAGUUCGUUGAGCCCAGCCGGCAAUUCGUCAAGGAUUCAAUCAGGCUCGUAAAAAGAUGCACCAAACCCGACAGAAAAGAAUUCCAGAAGAUUGCCAUGGCCACAGCAAUUGGGUUUGCCAUCAUGGGUUUCAUCGGUUUCUUUGUCAAACUCAUCCACAUCCCCAUCAACAACAUCAUUGUUGGUGGUUAAAUCCUGGUCAAGAAAAAACAAACUUCAAUAGCUAGGGAUGGGAGAUGGUGCUGUAAAGUGUUUGCUGGGCUGAUGUGAUUGGGUCUGAAGGGAUGGCAUUUUUACAUUCUGUGCACAACAUUUAUAUUUCGCUGUGUAAAUAAAACAAAUUGAAAUCCA